AUGGUGUAUGUGUCGUGUGCAUUGGGAUGCCCAUAUGAAGGAAACAUCGUACCAGCUAAAGUGGCAGAAGUAUCUAAGCGGCUGUACAGCAUGGGCUGCUAUGAAAUCUCUCUGGGGGAUACAAUUGGUGUGGGGACUCCUGGAAGUAUGAAAAGAAUGUUGGAAGCUGUUAUGAAAGAGAUUCCUCUGAGUGCUCUUGCUGUUCACUGCCAUGACACGUAUGGUCAGGCAUUAGCCAAUAUCCUCACAGCCAUACAGAUGGGAGUCACUGUAGUGGAUUCAUCUGUUGCUGGGCUUGGUGGUUGUCCCUAUGCAAAAGGUGCCACUGGAAAUGUAGCCACAGAGGAUGUGAUAUACAUGCUUAAUGGUCUGGGGAUCAAUACAGGAGUAAAUCUUAAUGCAGUGAUGGAAGCUGGAAACUUCAUCUGCACAGCUUUGAACAAGAGAACAAACUCAAAGGUGGCACAAGCUUCCUUCAGUACCUGAACUAUCAAUUAAAUGGGGCUUUAUUUUUGCAGCUUGAUUACAUUUCUCAUCUACCUUGACCAAGGACAUUUGUAUCAGGAAAAGAAACAUGAGAACACCAUUUCAGCAAAGAAGCGAAAUAGAACCCAGAUAUAAAUUUUUUAUUAUGGGAAGAGUUGUUGUACUGGAAUGUCUCAUCAAGAAUUGUUUGGUUCUUAAGUAAGAAAGAAAUUAUUGU